GUCCCGUGCGCGGGAUGCGGCUGCCGGCGGCGGUGCGGGAGCGGGUGGCGGCGGUGCACGGCGGCGUGGGGCUGCUGGAGCGCCUGCGGCUGUACGACGGCUGGGCCGCCUGCUAUGAGCAGGAUGUGGCGGCUCUGGAGUACCGGGCACCGCACCUGGCCGCCGCUUCGCUCGCCUUCGCCUUCCCCGCGCCGCCCGCCGAGGCGCGACUUCUCGACGUGGCCUGUGGCACCGGGCUUGUAGCGCGGGAGCUCCACCGCCGCGGCUUCCGCUGCCUGCACGGCGUGGACGGCAGCGUGGGGAUGCUGGAGCGGGCGCGGAGCACCGGGCUCUACCGGGAGCUGCAGCAGUGCGUCCUGGGCAGGGAGCCCCUGCCCGCGCCCGCAGAGCACUAUGACGCCGUGACCGUGGUGGGGGCCCUGGGCGACGGGCAGGUGCCAAGCGCGGCCGUGCCGGAGCUGCUGCGUGUCACCAAGCCGGGAGGCUUUCUCUGCCUGACAACCAGGAGCAACCCCUCGAACCUGCGGUACAAGGCAGAGCUGGAGGCGGCGCUGGAGGAGCUGGAGAGGCAGGGAGCCUGGCAGAAGGUGCUGGCGCAGGAGGUGGAGCGCUGGGAGAAGGCCACCUCCGAGGAGGAGAGCACCCGGGGCACCGGCUACAUCUCUGGCGUGGUCUAUGUCUAUCGGAAAUGCCCCGUGCCCCGCCUCGAGGAGGGCUGAGAGCCGAUGGGCUCUGGGCUGGGUGUGAGCGCUUGGCCCCUUGUGAAACCCAGUCCCGGAGCAGGGCAGCUGCUGGGGGGUGACAGCAUUUUGGGGAGUCUCCACAUUCCCUUCCCUGGCUCCUUCCCCCUGAGGAGUGGGCCCUGGAGACCUUGCCUGCUUCUCAGCAUGGGGACGGGCUCCUGGGCUCUGACGUUCAGGUGCUGUCCCCAACACCGUGAUGUCUCACAGACCCACCUGGCUGUCCAGAGCCAUCUCCAGUCCAGGAUGUCUUCUCCCACAUGCCCACCUCUCAGCCCUCAUCGUCAAAAUCUGGAUCCUUCUUCAUCUUCCCCAGUCCAGACCUCCAUGGUCUUUACUUGGGGACUGCUGGAGGAAGGUCCUGUGGUUUCCCAUCCUUGUACCCCCCAGGAGUUAACUCAGCGCACCCUGAGGUACAAGAGACCUCCACACCCAGACCAGGAGCUGCUGUGCCAAGAUGACUCCCAGCCGGAGAACUUUUCCAAGUGCCACGUCGGCCUUUCAUCCUGCAGCAGCUGCUUUUCCUACAGCUUUGUAGUUAAUGGUCUGGUUGGGAAAUGAGGCUGGAAGGGACUUGAGGAGCCGCCCAGCAUCUCCUGCCCAGCCUGUUCCCCAAGCCCCUUGCCAGGCUGCCUCUACUCUUCCUCCUCUGCUGCUCCCUUGGGAAGUUUUUUACCCAAAUCUCUUGCUGGGAUAUUUCUUUUUUUCUGCCUGUUCCCCCAGACCUGUUCCUGCUCGUCCUGUUCCCAUGGCCCUGGGGAACAGGUUACUUCCUUCCCCUCAGGAGCUCUCGUGGCUGUGUCUAUUCCCAUCUCCCACCCGGAGCAUCCCACACCUCCCAAACUCGUGCUUCCAAUGGCUCUUGUCACUCCUCCACAUUGUCCCGCCCCCAGGCCUCGGGAUGCCCGCACCCAUCGUGGGUAGCUGCCCUGCUCCCUUCUCCACCCUCUUUGUCCCCAGCACUGUCCCCUGAGCAGCUGGGGCUUGUGGCUGAUCCCAUCCCUGUGCUUGGCUGUUGAAUAAACCCCUUGCCUGCCCACUGCA